AGUAACAGUCAAAAAUCAUCCCAAUUUUUUUUCGUGUAAGUGUGAAAAAACAUGUUGAGUAAUUUGACGUGUGAUACGAUUCAUACGAUUAAUAGUGUUUGGGUGACCCAAAUUUGGGAGCCUUGCAUGGCCCUCUUGGUCUUGGGUCCAGGGUCAGUUAGGUCAUACACUCCAAACAGUCCGAACACACCUUCAUCGAACAAAUCUAUUAACAGUAUAAACUGCACGUUCUUUAGAAAUAGACACAUAAUAGAAAUAUACUUAAAGUGCCAAAACAUGUGCAAAUGUUGACACAUUUUAUUUUAAUCGAACAAUAACUACUUUAGAAAUAUUAUAAGUUUACUUGUCAUUUUAAUAACGGUUAUUGAAAUCUUUAACCAAUAACAAAGGUCUUUCAAAAGUAGUUUUGGAGUACAUGAUUUAAUAAGGACUACAAGAACGUUAUUUGUGUAGCUGACAGUCUGGAUCAGUUCAAUUUUGAAAACUACAAUGGCCAGUUCUUUCGGAGGUAAAGUAGUUAAUUUUCGAGAUACAUUUAAACUAGGCGAUAAAAAUACAUUGCGAUGGUUUCCUGGACACAUGGGCAAAGGAAUCAAACAAAUGGAAGAAAAAUUGAGAAAUGUUGACUGCUUGAUAGAGGUGCAUGAUGCGAGAGUACCAGUUUCUGGUCGUUACGCAGACUUUAGAAAAACCUUGUGCAAUUUAAAACCACAUAUUUUUGUUUUGAAUAAAAAAGAUUUGGCUGACAAGACUUACAUUGUUCCUGCCUUGAAUAGAUUACACGAUGAAGGCAUAAAACACGUUGUAUUGACAAAUAUGAAGUCUCAGGCUGACAAAGGGGCUACCAAAAUAAUGCCGCUAAUGCUUAAGCUUAUAUCCGAGUCAGAUCGUUUCAACAGAUCUCAAGAAAAAGACUAUAGUGUUAUGAUAAUAGGUGUACCAAACGUUGGCAAAUCGUCACUCAUAAAUAGAUUGAGAAAUCAUCAUUUGGGCAAGGCAAAAGCCGCGCAUGUUGGAGCUGUAGCCGGUAUUACAAGGGCAGUGCAGUGUAGAAUAAAAAUAUCUGAGGAUCCUCUAGUGUAUUUGCUCGACACACCGGGUAUUUUGCCACCAAAUAUUAUUGACAUUAACGCUGGAUUGAAAUUAGCAUUAAUUGGGUGUACUCAAGAUCAUCUGGUUGGGCCACAAGUAAUGAGUGAUUACUUGUUGUUUUGGUUGAAUAAAAAUCAUAGAUUAGAUUACGUUGAAAAGUUAGGUUUACAAGGUCCAACCGAUGAUAUUAACGAAGUUCUGAUUCAGAUCGCAGUUAAAUUGAAAAAAAUUAUAAAAUUAAAAAACUUCGAUGGACAACUCGUAACAAAGCCAGAUUUAAAUUUCGCAGCAGAACAUUUUUUAAAAUGCUUUAGAACUGGCAAAUUGGGCCAAUAUUGCUUGGACCAAGAUAUACUACGUAAUAAGUAAAUUGUUACUAGAAAUUAGGUUUUCAAAGUCCUGUAGAUAAUUUUUGUAAUCAACCCACGCGCAAAAAUUACAAUUAAUUUUGUACAUCAGGCAGUAAAAUUGUAAGGCCCGCAAAUUUUAUUCUUGCAUCUAUACGUGUAAAUACUGUAAAUAAAUCAGAUUUGUU